CGCAUAAAGAGACGAAAAGUGUCAUUUGUGUGGUUGAAAAUAUGGCUGGUGCCGGAAAUACUAUUGGAUCAAAAUUUGAAGAACUUGGUAAAAUAAUAUCACUAGUCAAAAAUAAGAAACGUAUUGGCGUGUGUAUCGAUACAUGCCAUGCAUUUGCUGCGGGUUAUGAUCUUCGUACAAAGGAAAGAUAUGAAGAAACCAUGUAUGAAUUUUCUCGCCAUGUAGGUUUUCAAUACUUACGAGGAGUGCAUUUGAAUGAUUCUCUCAAAGACUUAGGUUCUCGUACCGAUCGGCAUGCAAACAUUGGUAAAGGUUACUUGGGUUUGGAACCUUUUAGAUUAAUUAUGAAUGAUAGUCGUAUGGAUGAAAUACCUUUAAUUCUAGAGACUCCUGUGCCUGAUGAUGACCUUGAAAUUUACGAAAAGGAAAUUGCUCUUUUAUACAGUCUUGUUGGCAAACAGACAUUGGCCGAUGCAAAUCUUCCAAAAAAUUUUGUGAAAGGUCAUGAUAUAAUUGAAAUUACAAAUUCAAAAUCAUCGGAAAAAAAGAAAAAGGUCAAGAAAAAUACCAAAGAGAUUGAUGAAUCAAAUGUGACUGUUCCACAAAAAAAAAAGGCUAAAACUAAACUUGGUAAAUCUGUACUUUCAAAAUCUGUUUUGUUUAAUGCAAGACGUUUGGGUUGUUUGCCUUCUUUACAACUACGAAAGAAAGCUCCUAAAAAACCUACAAAACCACAAAGUCGUUUAUAUUCUCUUGACGUGCAAAAAAAUGAAAAGGAAACAAUUAUAAAACUUUUAUAUAAUAUUGGUUCGAAGAAAGAAGCGGAACAAUAUCUCCGUCAAUUUUCAUCGGUUGAAUCUCAAAAAUUUGCCGUAAUAAAAGUUGGUGGUGCUGUUAUUAGUGAUGAAUUAGAUUCACUCGCCUCUUCACUUUCAUUUCUAAACCGUGUUGGCUUAUAUCCAAUUGUAUUACACGGAGGUGGCCCUCAACUUAAUAUAGAAUUAGAUAAGGCUGGCAUACAACCUCAGUAUAACAAUGGUAUUCGAAUAACCGAUGCAAAAACUCUUGAAAUCGCAAGAUCUAUAUUUAUACAAGAAAAUCUUAAAUUGGUUGAAGCAUUAGAAAAAUUAGGAACUCGUGCACGACCUAUAACGGGUGGUGUAUUCAUCGCUGAUUAUUUGGACCGAGAAAGUUACGGGUUUGUUGGACAAAUUACUGGAAUAAAUAAAAAUGUCGUAAAUGCUAGUAUCAACGCAGGUGCUUUACCUAUCUUGACGAGCUUGGCGGAGACGCCUUCUGGUCAAAUAUUGAAUGUAAAUGCUGAUGUAGCUGCUGGUGAAUUGGCAAAAGUUCUUGAACCUUUAAAAAUUAUUUACCUUAAUGAAAAAGGUGGUCUCAUAAAUGAAGAGACUAAGAAAAAAAUCGAUGUCAUAAAUCUUGAUGAGGAAUAUGACUAUUAUAUGGCACAAGAAUGGGUCAAAUAUGGAACGCGUUUGAAAUUGAUAGAGAUCAAAGAUCUUCUUGAUCAUCUUCCUCAAUCGUCAUCUGUAGCUAUUACAGCUGUAGGACAGCUCCCGAAAGAGCUGUUCACGGAUAGUGGUGCUGGUACUCUAAUUCGUCGUGGACACCGUCUCUUUAAGUUCAAUUCAUUUGACGAAAUGGAUAAAAAUAAAUUACAAAAAAUCUUGAACCCAAAUUCUGAUCUUAUGUCAAAACUCUCCAAAAAAUCUUAUAAAGUCUACAGUGACGAACCUUAUGAUGUUUUGGCGAUUGUUACCAAAGAAAAAACUAAUCCGAAUUCUAUUCCUCUUCUUGAGAAAUUCAUUGCUACAAAAAAUAGCGUAUUAAGUAAUAUAAUUGACAAUAUAUGGAAAAUCAUCCAAAAUGAUAAUCCUCGGUUACUUUGGGCUGUGGAUGAUCGUGAUGAAAAUAAGGCUUGGCACUUUUCUAGAUCAGAUGGUAGCUAUACAAUAAAUGGAAAAACUUUGUUUUGGUAUGGUAUAAAUGUCGAAGAUGUUUCCGCCGCGGUUAAAGAUUUUGCUUCUACGCUAUUCGACACGAAUACUACUCCACCAUCUUCGGGUCGUGCAUUCGCUAAUGUCACCAGAAGUUUCUCCACUUUCGCUCGAUCUAAUCAACAUAAUAAUAAUGCAUUUUCAAUGUCAACUCUAUUACGUCGUCAAUAUGCUACCUCUACAUCAUCGGCAAAAGUUGCUCUUAUCGGUGCACGUGGCUACACUGGCCAAAACUUUGUAUCAUUGUUAAACAAUCAUCCACAUGUUUCAUUAUCUCACGUGUCUUCUCGUGAAUUGGAAGGUCAGGAGCUCUCUGUUGAUUGUUGGGUAAUGGCUUUGCCAAAUGGUGUAUGUGCGCCAUUUGUGCAGGCUGUUAAUGAAGCCAAAACCGAACAAAGUUUAAUUGUAGAUUUAAGCGCUGAUCAUAGAUUCAACGAUGAAUGGACAUACGGUCUACCCGAACUUGGUAAUCGUGAAACCUUUCGUAAAUCUACAAAAAUAUCAAAUCCUGGAUGUUAUGCCACUGGAUCUCAACUUUCCAUAGCACCGUUGUUACCAUACAUAUCCGAGACUCCUACCAUUUUUGGUGUAUCUGGAUAUUCUGGUGCUGGAACCAAACCAUCCCCUAAAAAUGAUCCUAAAUUUCUCGAGAAUAAUAUGAUACCAUAUUCUCUCACAGAUCAUAUUCAUGAACGAGAAAUUUCACAUCAUUUAGGAAGAACCGUAAAUUUCAUCCCACAUGUCGCACCUUUCUUCCAAGGAAUAACUUUAACUGUCAAUAUUCCCCUCUCAAAAACUUUCAAAUCUGCGGAAAUACGCGAGUUAUACGAACAAAAAUAUGCAGAAGAAAAACUCAUCAAAGUUGCGGACGAUGUACCACUUGUAAAAGAUAUUUCUAAAAAACAUGUUGUGAAAAUUGGUGGAUUCGGUGUACAUUCAUCGGGUAAAAGAGUUGUAAUCAUAACAACUAUUGAUAACUUAUUGAAGGGUGCUGCUACUCAAGCUUUACAGAAUAUUAACCUUGCCUUUGGAUAUGAUGAAUAUGAAGGCAUUCCUCUGGAAUAA